AGCCUUCCUCCAAUAAAACGCCUCGCUUUCCUUUGUUUCAUUGCUUUUCGUGGAGGAAAACCCGUAAAAGAGUAGUCUUUAGAGCGGUGGAGAGAUGUGUGGAGGAGCGAUCAUCUCCGACUUCAUACCGCCGUCGGCGUCGCGGCGGGUGAAGGCGGAGCACCUGUGGCCGGGCGGGAAGAACAGGAGGGGGAAGCAGCGGAGGGUGGAGGUCGAGGAUGACUUUGAGACGGACUUUCAGGAGUUCAACGACGAGUCCGAGGAGGACGACUUCGAUGACUUCGAGGAGGGCGAGAUCAGCUUCAAGACCGUCCAACGGAGAUCAUCCUUCUCUCGAGAGGGUUCUGUCGCUCUAAAACCAGGAGACUAUGAUGGAUCUGCGGUUGAGUCAACCAAAAGGAAGAGAAAGAAUCAAUUCCGUGGAAUCCGCCAGCGCCCAUGGGGCAAAUGGGCAGCGGAAAUCAGAGAUCCUCACAAAGGAGUCCGUGUUUGGCUCGGGACAUUUAACUCAGCUGAAGAGGCUGCAAGAGCUUAUGAUGCUGAAGCUCGACGCAUCCGUGGCAAAAAGGCAAAGGUGAAUUUCCCCACUACAGCAAAGUCUGGUGGCCAAAAGCGCAUUCAGAAGCCUACUUCUCGAAAACCACCUAUGCCAAAUCUGUCUGAACAAAAUGAAUUCAAGCAGUACACCUAUCUGAAUGACCAGGAUUGUGAUGUCUAUUCUGCUAUGGGCUUCUUGGAAGAGAAGGUGCUAACUAAACCUGACUAUUGGAACCCCACUGCAACAAAAGAACUUUCUGCACCUUGUGAAGUUCUCAACUUCCCUUCUGAUGAGGGAAGUAACUCUUUUGGCCAUCCUGACUUUGUAUGGGAAUAUGAGACAAAAACCCCAGAGAUCAUGCCAGUUCAUGUUCCUGCUGCUAUCGAAGGCAAUGUCACUGAAUUGCUGGGACACGAUAACCCUCAGACAAAUUUGAAAUACAAUUGUGGAGUGGAAGUGUCAGCAGAAGAGAGCAAUGCAGUUAAACUCCCUGAUGACAUAUCUGCUUAUGACUCGUACAUGAAAAUCCUGCAGUUUCCUUACCUUGAGGAGAGCUCCAAUUUGUCAAUUGACUGCCUAUUUGGUGGUGAACUGGCUCAGGAUGAUCUGAGUGCUGUGAACCUGUGGAGCUUCAAUGAUCUGCCCAUGGAGGGCAGUGUUUACUUGGGGACUUCGGCCCUGGCUACUGGUUCUCUGUAAAUAUGGAUAAAAGUACCAAUGUUGAUGAAGGUUGAUUAUGGAGGGCCAGAAUUGUUUAUGGGGUGUCAUGAAUCUGAACAUGAUUCCGUUUGCAGAAUAAUCUUUGGAAACAACAUUUUAUAUCUGCCUUUUUAAGUGUUUUGGCUUUUAGCUUAUGGACUCACAUUUACUAUUAUGCUGACGAUUGGUGUAUCUGUUGCAAGUUUUCUUGUUCUGUGACAUGCUUUUGAACUUGGGGUAGAUUUUCCCCUGCUUUAUUUACUUUCA